AUUGGCCUCAUUCAUUACAGUGAAUGAAGAAAAUCAGCUUGCGUUGAAAUGAAAACAUGUUUCUGUUUGUUAUAAACAUCAUCGCGCUUUUGUUCUCUUCAAGUCCUGCAAAUGCAAAAACAGUAUCUGGAGUUUUCCGGAGCGACGCUGCGCGAGAAAACAACGGGCAAUAUAUCACACGAUUUCUUUAUCAUGGUGAUAAUGGACUGCUGGUGUAUCGUGUGGAUAAUGUCGACAUGGCUGUGCAGAAGGAGGCCAGACUGUUGAUGUUUCAAGGGCUCCAGGCUUUUGAGAAUCUCAGCUGUCUGGAGAGAGUUUCAUCUGCGCAUAUCUCCAUUACAGUGAGGCAAGAAGAGCAGAACCAGACGAUUCCCAAGCAGUCCGGUUCACAGCUACAGUGGCACGUGAUGUACACGGACCGCUUCACCUGUCAGGAGGGGAAGAUGGACGGACAGCUGGAGGACGUACACUUCCAGAUCACCCUCCUGAAUCCAGAUGCUGCGGGAAACCCGCUGGACCACUUCAGUGCUGAGGAGGCCGGUCUGCACAGUUUCUACUUCAUGUCGAUCUUGGCGUAUUUCGUGGCGUCGUGCAUCUACGUGCAGCCGCUGUGGCAGGCGUUGAGCAAAGGCGGCCCCAUGCACACCGUGCUGAAGGUUUUGUCCACGGCGCUGCUUCUGCAGGGGACGUCAGUGCUGCUCAACUACAUCCACAUGGCCCGGUAUGCUAGAGAUGGGGUGGGGAUGCCUCUGACGGGCAGCCUCGCGGAGUUGUGUGACAUGAUCGCUCAGGUUCAGAUGGUCUACAUGUUGUUGAGUCUGUGUGUGGGCUGGUCUCUGAGUCGCAGCAGGAAGUCUCUGAGUAAACCGCUGCAGUGGGAUUCGUCUCCUGUCUCUACGGGUGUCGCCCUGGCGACUGUCAUCACACAGGGGGCAUUACUGAUCUGGGAGCAGUUUGAGGACACAGAUCAUCACAGUUUUCACGCUCAUCGCAGUAUCGCCGGGCGGCUCCUGAUGCUUCUGCGUGUAGCGCUCGCUCUGUUUCUAGCGUCAGUUCUUUAUCAGAUCGUCUCGGCAGAGAGAAGCACGCUCAAGAGAGAUUUCUAUCUCAGCUUUGCCAAGGGCUGUUUUUUGUGGUUCCUGUGUCAGCCGGUCCUGGCUCUGUUUUCAUUAACACUCAACGAACACCAGAGGGAAAAGGUCAUUACGAUAGGCGUGAUUCUGUGUCAGUGUAUCUCAGUGGUGGUGCUGUACCGCCUGUUCCUCUCACGCAGUCUGUACUGGGAGGUGUCGUCGCUGUCAUCCGCCACCCUGCCUCUCACCAUGAGCCGAACCGCCCGUGAGCGAUACUGAGCGGAUGGGUGGUACCACAGCAGCCGAAUGAUGGAGGCCCUGGUGUCCCACACGGGAGAACAUUCAGCACGCAGACGACGCUUCUGAGCACAACGUCUGAUCCAGAGAAACACAAACUGUCCUGAGUCAGCCCGGCGGUCCCCGACUGAUGCUCUUUAAAUCCCACGACAUGACCGGGCACUGAAUCGCACACAACAUCCGUAGAGGGCAAAUGUAAAGGACUAGUUUAUCAGAGAUGAUGUCAUUAUUUUGUGCUAAUUUAAAGUUUCACGACCCACUGGGAGUUAAUCUGUGGAACGCAGGUGGUCCUGUUUAUUCACUUUGUUAUAAACGCAUCACGUUCUGUCACAAAUCAAAAACAAUGGAAGAUGAAGCGUUAUCGAAGGCAAUAAAAAACAUAAUUUCUGAAAUCACAGAGAUAAUGCAUCUCGCCAUACGUUGUAGAUAAAUACAAAUGAAUGUUUUGAUUUGUGAUCUGAACUUUUCCUUCAAGUGCCUGAACUGACAAUCACUGAGGAGCUUGUGAAUGAUUAUUAGAGAAAUGAAUAUUGAGAGUAUUUAUUGAUCCGCUGGCCUGUGUCCGGCACAUUUCAGUCUAACUGAUGAUAAAAACUGUUAACUCAUGCAUGUGUUGUCAGAGACUUGAACUGUAUCAAGGUUGUGGUAAAUAAAAAACGCACG